UUCCACACCCCCCUCCCUCAGCGGGCGAUGUCGCCGCGCCACCGCCUCCACCUCCUGCUCUUCCUCCGCACCCUCCACGGCUCCGCCUUCGGCAUGGGCGACUGGGCCUCCCGCUUGCCGCAGCCGAGCGAAGCGCUGCCCGGCAGGACGCAGCGCAUGGCGGUGCCAGAUAAACAUCAUGUCAAUGGGAACAGAAUGGUUGAACCUUUCCCAGAGGGAACACAGAUGGCUCUGUUUGGUAUGGGCUGUUUCUGGGGAGCCGAGAGGAAGUUCUGGAGGCAGAAAGGAGUUUACUCCACUCAAGUGGGUUAUGCAGGAGGGCACACCCCAAACCCUACCUACAAAGAGGUGUGCUCAGGCAGAACUGGGCACACCGAGGCCGUCCGGGUGGUGUUUGAGCCACAAAACAUCAGCUUUGAGCAACUGCUCAAGGUCUUCUGGGAGAAUCAUGACCCGACACAAGGUGCUGACGGAGGGAGGCUUCGGCCCCAUCACGACGGAGAUCCGGGAGGCUCCCGAGUUUUACUACGCCGAGGAAUAUCACCAGCAGUACCUCAGCAAGAACCCCGGCGGGUACUGCGGCCUGGGGGGGACCGGGGUGUCCUGCCCCGUCGGCAUCAGGAAAUAGCCUGUGCUUCCUCCACCGCCUCCUCUUCAAUGCAGGGAGCUUGGAAAAACACACCAGGGUGGAUGUUCCUGCAGCAUCCGUGGAUAAAGAUUUGGGAAUCUGCAUGGGAGGCUUUCCAUAAUCAUGAGUUUUCUGUUUGCUGACAUCAAAAGCCAAAGCGGAGGUGGGAAUUGCUCCCAUCACAGCUUCUUGCUCUGCUCUGUGCAGCUCCCGGGGUUUCCUUGUCAUCUGGAGAGGUGGAAGGAGAUCCAAACUUCCCAAAGUUUGGCUUGAAAUGCUGUCAAAAGGGUGGAGUAGGAGGUGGUUGCACCCGUAGCUGCUUUGCAUUUCCAAUGCCUUUGGACUUGUUGAUUUUCUUGGGUUAAUUGAUUUCCUGGUGUUCCCAGAGCACUGACAUCUGGAGAUGUGGUUGGGUUCUUUAGCUAUCACAGCCCUGGAAUUUAAUGUCUUUGGGAAUGAUGAAUUGAUCAGAUCAGUGACUCUCCUACCAGAACUCCACUUUCACAGCAUUUAGUACCACCUAUAGUGCCUAUUUUCUGAAAUGCUUUUAGCCAGAAAAAGUCAAAAUUGUAAUGUGAUGCUUCUUUUUGACAGUUCCAAGAAGUGAAUAAACACAAAAAAGAAAUAAUUUUGUUUCCUGCUCUGCAAUAAAUGACAGAACAAGAAAAGAACAA